AUGCUGAACCAGGCUGCGAAGAAGUUCUCCAAGAUGCAUUCUGCUACCUCGAGUGCUUUCCUCUCUCCUACGGUUCCUUCGAGACGUGGACUGCUUGCGAGAUCCCCGCCGCCGAGCCCGAGCCUUCCUAGUCUGCUGCCGAAGCAUGGCAAGAAGACUACACAGCCGAGUCAUUCGAAGUUGGUGAAGCGGAUACUGAUAGGGUGCUGUGGAGUAGCGUUCUUACUCUGGAUUGUGCUGAGGCAGAUUUACGCAAACUCGCAGGGAGCGGCCACUUAUGAGGAUGGCAGUGAUGAAGAAUGGGAGAUGGUUGGUGGCAGUCAGUUGCCACACGAGCCUGUUGCUCUUGCGCUCCAGGAUGCCAAGGGAAAGAUGAGGUGGACUGUAUCGAUACCAUCCGACUACGAGUUUCCACUUCGUCCGGCACAGUACCGUGAUAUAUGCCAUCAGUCUAUGGAAGUGUCCAAGGAGAUUAGUCAGGAAGCAAAGGCUUCGGCUGGCUUUGCCAAGAGAAUGUUGAACUACUACCAGCAAGAUCAGUAUUAUAUUGAUGUCCAAGAAGCGGAACAACAAGGUCUGUUGCCAUCAACCAAGGCUACAGGAAGACCGAAAGGCUUUGUUGAGGACGAGGCUAUCAAGGAUGGUAUCUCUACGGAAGGACUCAAGGUCUGUGACAGGACCUUGACAUAUGUUAUGGAAACGGAAGAUGCAGGCUUUGGCAACACGCUGAUGCGUUUGUGGAUGUCGUAUGGUUUGGCGAAAGCUGAGAAGCGCGCCUUCUUCGUUGACGACACUCGUUGGCCUUAUGGCAAGUACUCCUCUUACUUUCAACCUCCACCCUCCGCCAAUUGCCUUCCGCCUCCUCCCUCCCACAUUGUCCCAUGCCCUCACACCGCCCGCCACAUCGUCGUCAGCGGAGCGACGCUAAAAUCUACCUUCGGUCACUCCUUCACAGACGAGUGGGAAGACCCAACAAAGAUGGGCGUUCAACGUCAAUCAAAAAUCUUCAACCUCGCCCGAACCGGCUACGAAGCCCUCUUCAAACUCCGCUCAGAUGAUGAAGCCUACGUUCUCCAACGAGCGCUAGACAUGUACGGAGAAGUCAAGAGCGAGGGCGGCCUCAGCAUCGCCAUGCACGUCCGCCACGGCGACAAACACCCCAUGGAAUACCAAUACCAAAAAGACUACAUCCCCCUGGCCCGCUACGUUGACACAGCCCGCGACCUCUACAUCGACCUCGUCGAAGGUGGGCUUAAGAAGAAAGCCAAGCGGAAUCUGCUCUCCUCCCCCUUCUCCUCAUCAACGGACCCCUUAGUCCCCCGCCACACAACCUCCAAAAUGAUCCUCGCCUCCGACGACCCCCUCGUCUACGACUCCCCCGAGCUAGGCCCAAACAGCAUCCGCGCCCAAGACCGCAUCGUCCUCGCCACAAAAGCCGCCCUCGAAGCCGCCCAAUCGCAGCCGAAGAAAAACACUUGGAUCGAUGAGAUCACCGGAUGGGAAGGCGGAUUUUACCGCGACGUCUUCUUUUCCCUGGGGCAACCCGUUGGUAACGCUGAGGACCUGAAGAAGGUUAAUGACGAUAAGGUUGCUGCUCCUGAGAGCGCGAUGAAACUAAGGGAACUUGUUGGGCGCGCGUAUUUGCUUGAUCUGAGCGUGUUGGGCAAGGCAGAUACGGUAGUUUACAAGGACAAAUGGAUCAACACAGAGCGCCAGCGCUUAUCGAAACAGUUCAACGUUCCCAUAUCGCAGGAUACUCCACCCGGCUUCCCAAUCAACACAUUACCCAUCCAACGUGCCCUAGCUUCCCUCUCGCUCUCGCACCCCCAAAACCUUGAACGCGCCAUUGACCUUUUCUACAAGAACUUCUGGGCAAAAUGGAACGACCCGAUCAAACUGGAGAACCUGCUUGCUAUCCUUACGACCGUUUUAGGCAGUGAGGAAGAGGCAAUGAAAGUGGUUGAGAGGACGAAGACGGAGGAGGUGAAGAAGGUACUGGGUGGGAAUACCAAUAAGGCGUUCGAGGAUGGGGCUUUCGGAUUGCCUUGGUUUGUUGCUACGAACAAGAAGGGGGAGACUGAGGGGUAUUGGGGCGUCGAUCAUAUGGGUCAGCUGUGUGAUCAUUUGGGUAUUGAGAGGCCUGAGAGUAGGGAAUGGCGCUCGUUGUUGUGA